AUGUCCGAUGAACAACCAGAAUCAACAGUACUUGGUAACCUUUUAGUAGAGCCCGUGGAGUUGGAUAAAACGUUUGAUGAAGUAUUACCCCUUUUACCUGAAGAAGAAACAGAAUUGGAAGGAACUUUUACAUGGCAGAUAGAUGAUUGGUUUUCUUUAAAAGAUGGAAAAUAUAGUUCGCCACGAUUUAAGAUUGGUAAAUUUGAAUGGGAUGUUUUACUUUUCCCGAAUGGAAAUAGAAACAAAGGCAUCGCCAUUUAUUUAGAACCACACUUUCUAGACACAGAACAAGGAAAUCAGCCAGAUAAUAAUGACUGGCAUUGUUGUGCUCAAUUCGCAAUAGUUCUAUCCAGACCAGAAGAAGAUAGUGAUGUUAAUAUUAUUAACCGUUCUCACCAUAGGUUCAACGCCACCGAAACUGAUUGGGGAUUCGCUAAUUUUACUGAUCAAAAUCAUUUGAAGUAUCCUACAAAGACAAGAAACAGUCCACUUUUAAAAGAUGGCCAAUUGAAUAUCACAGUAUAUGUACGGAUUCUAAAGGACCCUACCGGUGUAUUAUGGCAUAAUUUUGUUAAUUAUGAUUCUAAAAAAAUUACAGGUUAUGUUGGUUUUAAGAAUCAAGGUGCAACUUGUUACUUAAAUUCUCUUUUACAGUCAUAUUUUUUCACUAAAUAUUUUAGAAAACUUGUUUAUGAAAUUCCAACAGAUAAUGAAUCACCAAAUAAUAGCGUACCUUUAGCAUUACAAAAAGCGUUUUAUCAAUUACAAGUAUCAAAUGAUCCGUUGGAUACUUUAGAAUUAACUAGGUCAUUUGGCUGGGAUAGUGGUGAUGCAUUUACACAACAUGAUGUACAAGAAUUAAAUCGUAUUUUAAUGGAUAGAUUAGAAAAUAAAAUGAAGAAUACACCUGUCGAAGGGGAAUUAAAUGAAAUAUUUGUUGGUAAAAUGAAAUCCUUUAUUAAAUGUAUUGAUGUAGACUAUGAAUCAUCUAGGGUAGAAGAUUUUUGGGAUUUACAAUUGAAUGUAAAAAAUAUGAAAAAUUUGGCAGAAUCAUUCGAUUCUUAUACAGAAUUAGAACUAAUGAAUGGUGAAAACCAAUACGCUGCACAAGAUUAUGGAUUACAAGAUGCUGAAAAGGGUGUAAUAUUUGAAUAUCUUCCUCCAGUUUUACACUUACAACUGAAAAGAUUUGAAUACGAUUUUAAUUAUGAUCAAUUGAUAAAAAUUAAUGAUAGAUACGAAUUUCCAGAAUCAAUCGAUUUAUCAAAAUUCCUAGACAAAGAUAGUAAACAAAAGGAACCCGUAACAUAUAACUUACAUGGUGUACUUGUUCAUGCUGGUGAUAUAUCCACAGGUCAUUAUUAUACAAUGAUUAAACCGGGAACAGAUGACAAGUGGUUUAGAUUUGAUGACGAAAGAGUAUGGAGAGUAACAAAAUCACAAGUAUUCGAAGAGAAUUUUGGUUUGAAUAGGUUACCAGAAGAACAAAUAAGGACCAUGACUCGCGAGAGGUAUCAGGCCUAUCUUUUAGACCGUCAUACGAGCGCAUAUAUGUUAGUGUACAUCAGAAGUGAUAUGGAAGAGAAAUUAUUACAACCUGUCACAAAAGAAGAUGUCCCUCAACAUGUUAUUGAUCAAGUAGAAGCAGAACUUGCUGAAAGAGAAAAAAAAGAAAAGGAGAUUCAGGAAGCACACCUUUACGUUACUCUGAUUAUUUAUAACCUAAAGAAUUUUAUUAACUAUCAUGGUCUUGAUCCAAUACCCAACGAGCUGUUAAAAUUUUCAUACCAAGAUUUAACAACGAAUAAAGAGCAACCCAUAUCAUUGAAAAUAGAAAGAACAACUAAAAUUAAUACUCUAUGCAAGCAAAUCAAAGAUGCUUUAAAUAUUCCUGAGAAUCAAAAUAUCAGGUACUGGAAAAUGGGAACCAGACAAAAUAAUACUAUCAGACUUUGUGAUCUAUUGAAAAUGGAGGAGGGGGAUAUGAGUUUAGAAAAAGUAUUAGAAAAUGAAGGUGAUGAAUCCUAUUCUACUAUUGAUAUGUAUAUUGAAGAGCCUUACUUGGAUCUUCAAUUUCUCAAUUUACUUAAAACAAAAAACAUAGUCACAUUUGAAGAUAUAACAGACGACCUUGUCGAUGAUGUAAGGACCAAUAUUAGUUCUUACAUAUCCAAAUUAGAUGAAGAGCCAUCAUUUGUGCACCAUAUCGAAAAAAGGUCUCAACACCUGGUAUUUGUUAAGCGUUUUGAAGCAGAAAAGCAAUUGUUAAAAGGGUUUGGUUAUGUAGCUGUAGAUGAAACGGACGCGAUUUCAAAACUUGCUCAUAUUAUAUUACAGCUUAUUAACCGUGAUCCAACCGAUAUAGAUCGAUUAAGCUUAUUUGAAGAGAUAAACAUAAGUAAUAUUAAUCAGCUUUCUCUUCAGUCCCAGUUUUAUAAUGUUGAACUUGGGUUGGGUGAUAUAAUAACAUUUGAAAUGAAAAAUAAUAAAGAUAUUCACAAAUAUCCAACAGAAGCCCCAUUUUAUGGAACUUUAUUGGAAUAUUAUAACUUUCUAGAACAUAGGGUAAAUUUAAGAUUCUCCAAAGUAAGUAAUUCAGAUGACGAUUACACAGUUAAUGAAGAGGAAGGACAAGAAGAAAUACUAGGUUAUGAUAAAUUAGUGCCAUCUACUACAUCAACAAAAUUUGAUAUAUGGAUCCACUCCAAUAUAAAGUAUUCUGAGUUAGCCAAAAUUGUUUCUAAAAAGACCGGAAUUGAGCCAGAAUAUUUAAAAAUAUUUGCUGUUUAUAGUAAUGGUCGUUUCCCUCUGAACUCAAGAUCCACUUUGAGUGACUAUUUGAUGAAAGAAUACAAUUGUAACAGUAUUCCUCCAUUUCAAUAUGAAGAAUUAUCUAUUCCGCUAAAGGAUUUCGAACAUUUGAGGCCCAUCAAAUUUUAUUGGCUAAAGGAUAGUUACAUACAUUAUCAGAGCCACGAAUUCGAAGUUGCUGGUAAUUGUUCAGUAGAAGAAUUCUUAGAUAAAAUUCAACAAAAGAUAGGUUUUACCGAUGAGGAAAAGAGUAAGAUCUUACUGUGGACAAAUUACGAUUUUGAAUUUCAAGGGGUUCUAUCUAGAGACACAUUGUUCAAACAAAUAUCUAAGCAGUUCUUAAUUUUUGGACGAAUCCUCCCAGAUGAAUUAGAUCUCUUCAAUAAAUUUGAUAAUUAUGAAAAUGGCGGAGUUGAAAGUAAUCAACACUUGAGGGACGUAGAAGAAAGUUCUAGUAGUAUUAGUGAUCAACCUUCAGUGUCUCCUACUCCUGAUUCUCUAAGAUAUAUGAAUAACCCAGAGAAUGAUGGUCAUUUGGUGGUUGUGUCUCAAUAUUUUAAGGAUAUGGAUAAUAAGCAUGGUAUCUCCUUCCUAUUUAACUUAAUACCAAAUGAGAAAUUCCCAGAUACUAGAGAUAGGUUGCAUAAAAAAUUCGGUUUGGGUCAAAAAGAAUUCUCUAGGAUUAAAUUAGGGGUACUGUUUACAACAGCUCAAGGUAAAUCCUUUAAGUCGCUCCAAAAUUAUUCAGAGGAAGAAUUGGGAGGUAUAGUACUUUUUGAUGUAAUGUCUAAUUUAGAUACUAUAUUCAUGGAUCAUCCAGAUAGGUUAAGAUCUCAUAAUUCAUAUGAUAGACCUAUGGUAAUCAAGAAUUAG